AUGGUACGAAACCACCGCGUUUUGGAAUUCUACUCGGGUAUCGGAGGAAUGCACUAUGCAUUUAAAGCGUCCGGACACACUGGUGAAAUACUCGCUGCGUUCGAUAUCAAUAAUACAGCCAAUGAAGUAUAUAGGUAUAAUUUCUGUAAAGAGGGGAGGGAUGUUGUUGUUCAACGUAACAUAGACUCGCUGCCAUACACUUACUUCUCUUCCUUCGCGGCAACACUUUGGCUCCUCUCACCACCCUGUCAGCCGUACACACGUACAGGCCUUCAGAAAGGUUGCGCUGAUGAGAGAGCGAAGUCAUUUUUGCAUGUCAUGGAUGUUUUGGGGAAUAUGGAAAGAGAAAACAUGCCGGAAUUUUUGUUGGUGGAAAAUGUUCGCGGAUUUGAAACGUCAUCAACACGGGGGGCUUUAAUAUCCAGAUUGACGUCUCUAAAUUAUGCAUAUCAAGAGUUUCUAAUAUCUCCCAUACAACUAGGCAUUCCUAAUUCAAGGUUGAGAUAUUAUUUACUGGCAAAGAAACUUCCGCGCGCAUUCUCCCCCGCUCUUCCUGCUAUAGAUCAAGUCCACAACCAUAUUCCCAGAUAUAUACCUGAACGUUCUUCACACACAAAGCAGAUUAAAGACUAUUUGGAGAAAUUGGAUGCAUCCGAGGGAGAAAAGUACAGGAUCAAGGAGAAGACGUUGGUAAAGUAUGGACAGCUUUUUGCCGUUUACUUCUUCAUCAAAGAUGUUGUGAAGCCAUCAUCACAGCAAAGUUGCUGCUUUACUAAAGGCUAUUAUCACUAUGUGGAAGCGAGAGGAUCAAUCAUUCAAAUGAAUGAAGAUAUUGAUACAACCGCAUUCUUCUCAACAGAUACAACCACAAGCACAGUUGCUGCAGCUACUGUUGGCGCCGAUACGGUUGCCACAUCCGCGUCCACGGCUGCAUCCACUUAUGCCAUUCUCAACCUCCGCUACUUCACGCCGAGUGAAAUCUCUGCUAUUCUGGGCUUUCCUCGCGAUUUCUCAUUCCCUGAGCAUAUAAGCCUCAAGCAGCGAUAUAGGCUCUUGGGUAAUAGUAUUAGCGUCGAGGUUGUAAAACGAUUGAUUGCAUAUUUAUUGGAUGAAUGA